CCAAAACCUGAUUUUCGUUUGAGUGGGUCUUUAAAUGUUUCCACACGUGCAAAAGGUGAAGCUGAACCUGAUUCCUGAAUUGGAGAAGUUAUUUUUAGACUGAAUUGAUGUGGCUGUUGACCGACUGAACGGCUGUUGUCCUUUGUGGACUGUUUUCCAGUGACUGCUUCCUCCCUGACUGAUUUGCUGACUGUUUUUUUUCCUGCCUGUUUGUCUGAUCUGCUUUCGCUGUUGAUUAUCUUCCAGUCAGAAGACGCCGCAGGCAGAUCAGCUGAUGAUGUCAUGCUGUGCUCUCAUUGGCUGCUCCCGGCUGCCCCCCUCCCUCUCCUCUCCCUGCAUCUCCUUCUCCUCUCAGUCCUCAUUCCCUCCAUCACCGCUCAGCCCCACCCACCUCCUCUGUCUCCUGUUUGCUCCCCUCUCUGCUCCUCCCAGAGAGAUGAUGCUGAGGCUGAUGAUGCUGAUGUGACGCUGUGCUCAGCCAAUCGUCAGGCGGAGGGGAAGCGGAAGGGGGCGUGGCCGGAGCCUGGAGCUGGUCGAUGCUGGGAGGACUGAGAGGAAGGAGAAGAGGAAGAGAGGGAGGAUGAGGAGAAUGGGUGAGGCCCGUCCGACCCGAGGAGCGCCGACGCUGGCUUAAUAAAGGAGGACAAGAAGAGGAGGAGGAGGAGGAGGAGGAAGAAGGAGGGGGGAGGAGGAGGGACCUGUACUUGUCGGGGGGUUAACCUGAGCCGUCAUGGACAAAUAUCGACCGAAGAGACCCACCAGCCUGGCUCUGUUCCGACUCCAUCAACAACAACUCUUUGGGGAAGAAGGACAGCUGGAAGGACUCCAGAUCUUCCUCCCCGCUCAUCACAGGAGAUCUAACACCUCCGGAUGUCAGGCCAAAAGCAGAGGACAAAGUUCGGCAUGGUGCUCAGCGCCGGCCGGCACCAAAACCCCCCUCUGGCGCUGGAUCCAACGUCAGAUCCAGCGCUCAGGCCACCGCCCCCUCAACAGACGCACGAGCUCGGACACGAGAGCGGCCGGCCCCGGGGCCCCCACAGACCUCCAACACACCGAGGAGUCAACGGAGAGCAGCAGCAGCAGCAGGAGGAGCAGGCAGGGGAGCAGGAAGAGGAGCCACCACGAUGAGAGAGAAAAACUUGGGGGAACUCAAAGGGAAGGAGGGGUCGACGGACAGAAGAGGAGGUCGCCUGUGUGAGGAGAGGAACCGGGACAAGGACCGCAGUCAGAAGCAGAGGGAGGCCAACACGCUGAAGGGCCGGGGGACUGAUGGCAGAGGAAGAGGAGCCUCCAAAGUGAGCAGCAAAGGAGGCGGCAAACCAAACAACAAACUGACCAAUAAGGAGGUUUACCUGCCGUCCAUGGUGGUCCCACGCACACCUGUGACCCAGAGAAAGCAGGAGAAGAACCAGGACCAAGGCCAAAACCAUGACAGGACCCAGGACCCCCCUGUGCUGUCUCGGUCCAGCAGUGAGGGAGGGUCCAACAGGAUGUCCCUGAGCUCGGACACAGAGGGCCCCCCUCCUGGACCGCCGCAGCCCCCUCUGUCCAACAUCCCCAACCCGGACAUCAGCGAGGAGGACGGGGAAGGAGAUCCGACUCCGUGCCUGCAGAACGGUCCGAACCGCAGCUUUGCCGCAGACGACGGAAUCAUGGCGAGGUGCGAGGUGGAGGGAGGCGGUGCCGUCAAGCAGGCCGAGGUCCGGACGGAGGCUGCAGCCGGGCUCUGCUACGACUCCGUUAAGUACACGCUGGUGGUGGACGAAUGGGAUCAGCUGGAGCUCGUCAGCCUAAAGGACUGCACACGCAAGAACGAAGACAGCGAUGCUGAGACUGUGUACCAGUCAGCCAAUGAGGAGGAAGACCCGGAGUAUGAGGUGGAGAGGAAGAGGAGCGAGGAAACAAGGAAACAAGAGAAACGAAAGGAGGAGGAGAGGAGGAGAAAGGAGGAGGAGGAGGCUAAGAAGAGGAGAGAGGAAGACUUGAAGAGGAGGAGGGAGGAAGAGGUUAAGAGGAGGAGGGAAGUUGUAGGGAGAUUCUACAAGCACUCGAAGGUGGCUUCCACCACCACCUCAGAGGAGGACGACUCCAACGGAGGACGAGUCUGCGCCCCGAGGACCAAGAAGUUCCUGAACCUGUUCGCCAACGGCAGCAGUCCGUACAGCGCCACAGGUGCUAGCUCCUUCGGGAUGUUCUCCUGUGUUCUGGACGGCGUGGAGAGGCAGCAGAGCCACCGGGCCGCCUACAGGUUCGUCCCUCGCCAUGCAGAUGAGCUGCAGCUGGAGACGGACGACCCUGUCCUGAUCCUGAACCAGUCUGAGGACCUCUGGUGUCACGGCUACAACAUGAGGACUGGGGCCAGCGGCAUCUUUCCAGCCUUCUACGCGGUCCAGGUCCCCAAAGACCAGAACUAUGGUAUCCUGGUUCGGAAAGACGGAUGGACGGAGCGGUUUGUGACGCGGUUUCUGGGCUCAGUCCAGGUCCCCACCCACACAGGAAACGACGUUCUGUGUUCGGCCAUGCGGAAGGUAGCGUGUAACAGGCGUUCGGCCGGCCAGCCUCCCUCUGCCUGUGUGCUGGAGCUCAGUGUGAAAGGUGUGAGGAUGAGCGUGGAGGACCAGUGUCAGUCUGCUCACCGGGGAGACCAGUGUUUCCAUUUUUUCCAGCUGAAGAACAUCUCAUUCUGCGGCUGUCACCCGAAACACAACAGGUAUUUUGGGUUUAUAACCAAACACCCGGACCAUCAGCGCUUCGCCUGCCACAUCCUCAUGUCAGACUCGUCGUUGCAGCCCCUGGCUGAGGCUGUGGGGAGAGCUUUCCGGCAGUAUUACAAGGAGCACAUUGGAUACUCCUGUCCCACUGAGGACAUCUUCAUUGAAUAACCCCCCCUCAAAUCUUCGUCUUAAGACUCACGUAUGUGCAUGUAAGCCUGGUCUUACACCCCCAACUGGACCACCAAUAUAUCUUCUCUGCAUGGUGGAUUUCUUUCUUCAUGGCUGCCUCCAGUGAGGCGGCGAGGUUCUUCCUCCUUCCUCAUCUUCAGGCUGAGACAGUCUCUGAAGAUGAACAGAAUGCUGUCUGAGGGUUUUUAGGAUCUAAACUAUCAGCUACAGAAAUACCUAUUAACUUUUAGCGUUUAUUGGCAGACAGUAUUUAAUCCAAAAAUAGAUAUUUUACAUUAAACAAAAACCAAACCUGAUGAGUGGAAAAUUUCUUUUUUAAGCUCAAAUAAUCAAAAACACAAACAAAAAAUUAUUCAAGUAAUCCUAAUAUUAAAAUUCUCUUUUUUCAAAAAUAUAUUUAACCAAAACUCAUUUAUUCAGAUUGAAAACAAGAAUCAACCAAAAUAUCACCUGUCUGCAAAUGAAAUCUGCUGCUCAGUCACUGGAGAUUUUUUAAUAACCUUUAAAUAUGUCAUAAAGUAGAAAGAACUUUAAUUAUUAAAUAUCAGACAUUGUCUGGAGAACUCCUGCAGAUUUAUAAGAAAUUCCAUAAAUCUUUAAAAGUGUUCACAAAAUCGUCUCAAUAAAAGACAUUUCUAACCAAGAAACAACAACUGCUAACAUGUUAACACAGCAAUUGUGUUUCUGUUAAGUGUUGGGAGAUGAUCAUUGGGAUUGCCCAAAUGCUGCACAAUUAACCACAGAAAGGACACAAACUACUAAGAAAAAAUAUUUUUUUAAAUUAAAGAUAAAAGUCCUGAAGAGAUCCUAAACAACAUCGUUCCGAAAAAUCAACAAAAUAUAGCAAAAAUAAUAAAAAAAGAGAUAAAACACAUUUGGGAAAGUACAGAACCAACAAAGAUAGUAAAUUAAAAUAAAAUAAAAUGACAGAAAAUCAGAAAAUAGUGGAAAUCCAAAUAACAACAUAUAUGGAGCUGCAUUAAAAUAACAAAUUAGAAAUUAAUUCAGAAGAAAAGCAACACAAACUUAUAAAAAUAACAAAAAACAACUAAAACCUUUAUAGUAAAACCAAAAAAUGCAGGAAGAACAAACAAGGGGAAGAAAACAACUGCAAAUUAUAGUGAUAAACAAAAAUCAACAAUGAAAAGCAGCAGAAAAUAACUCCUAAAACACACAUUUGUGGAACAAUAAAUUACUUUAAAAUUGUAUCAAAUGUUUGAAAAUGAAACCCAAUAAAUAUUCAACAGAAUUGCCCCCCCUCCCCUUAUUCAGAUCAGUGGCAACCAGUUUAUUUUCAUAAAUAUAAAUGCUAUUAAGAUAAUAUUAUAUAUUCAAGUCAUUUAAAAAAAGCUUGUUCAACUGCAGUUUUUGAAAGAAAAAAGCUUCAGUUUCUAUUAACAUUUGCAAAAAUAUCUGUUCAUUAAAAAACACAAGUGUAGCAGAUCCCACUUCAGAUUCCCACUGGAAGCCGUUUUUUACGCCACAGUUUUCAGGAAGACAAAGAUCUGCUGUAAACAUCAGAGAUUCUCACCAAAUUUCAUGAUUUUUUUUCCACAUUUCCUGAACGAAGCACAUCUGAACGACUGAGAUCUGAAAUCAGGAUUUUAAAUUAACGGCACGACUUCAGAUUAAAGGUGGAAUUAUCUGAAGCGAUUAAAAGCAUCUUUUUGACCAAAUUUAAAGUGGAACAUGACGUCUUCAGGAGGUUUUCAAAGGAAGGUUUCUCUGAGGAGGAUGUGGGACCGGAGCAGAGCUGCUUCACGAUGAGCUUCAGAUCGCGUUCAGAAACAAGGACCUCAGAGACCAAACAGAACUGGACCUGUUCUUUUCUUUGCACACAUGAGGACAAAAACUGAUGUCUCCAGAACUCCUGAAGCAUAGUUGUGUGUUUUGUAAGACUUGACAAUCUGUUUCGAGGGUGAAGGUGCCUCAUUUUCUUUAUUUGCUGCUUUCUUUCCUCUUCCAAAUGUGACGGCGGAUCUUUAGGUUUCUCUGACCUAACAGCGACUCUGCUCGACUUUAAAAAAGGCCCGGAAGACGUUGUGCAAUUAGUGGUGGGUGGAGCUUGCCGAUGGGGGUGAGGGGUGGGGUAUCACUGUGCAGUUAUAUGUGUGUCCGUUCGGAUCCGGCCUCCUCUGCCUCACCUGUUCAAGUCUGUCGAUUGGUAACCGCUCGGUCGCUGGUGACCAGCAGUGGAGCGCUGCUUCAUGAAACCACCUGGUGGCGCCGUGAUGCAGCCAGGACAGCAACUCAGAGCUUUCAAGACCAAAAAUUGAUCCGCAGUCUGGACCCGAGCAGAGGAUGUCUGAGCUGACGUGCUCAGAAGCUCCGUGCGCUUCUGCUGCACCGUCCGUCAUCCAAAAUAACAGCUGUGUUCCAGCUAGAAAUGACACCUGGCUUCAGCCAGGUGACGGUUAGGAAGGCUCCACGUGACCUGGAGGUCGUUGCUAUGGAAACGCAACUUGAGGGUGAUGCCAAAGAUGUUUUGGAACGUGCAAUACCGCCAAGAUCUUUGGUUCACUGCCUGUAGAGCUGCUACUCUCUCUCAAAUGUGUCUGAUUAGCGAGAAAUAUUCAUUUAAAAAACACUUUUAGUCAUUAAAGUUAAAAUUAGUACAUUAAAAUUAUUUGUAAGCGUCAGAUUGGAUACCUGUUCAUGAAAUUCUCAGAAUUAGAGUCUCAUCCUUCAAGUUUAACCCCCUUAAGGUGUCUGUUUCCAUGGCAACUCCCAGAGGGUACAAACUGUAAGCUGCUCCACUGAAGUGUCCUUUUUUGUUUGUUUGUUUUGUUGAAAUUCUGAAAUUGUACAUGAUCCAUCAGUAUGGAGGCACAUGUGUAGAUCCUGUAUGUUUGUAUAGGAGUUAUUACUGUAUGCUGUGUCACGCUGCAUGAUGUCGGUGUUUAAAAUGAAGAGAUGUUCAGGCUGAG